AUGGUAGCAGCAUUGAAGCCUGUCUCCAUGGCCAAAGGAGCGAGGAAGCUGGCAUCCCCCAAUAACAGAGCUCCUUCCCCUGCUCUGUCCCCCAGCCAGGCUCCUGACCUGCUGCUGAACUUUUCUGAGGGCGCAGGUCAAUGGCUACGAGCUGCCGAGUUGUUACGUCUUGCUGUCAUUGGGAUCAUCUGUCACGGGGCAAGGCAAGCUGGGAGGCAGGAGGAGGCAGAGUCAGGGGCGUCACUGCUCCCUCAGAUCAAGAUCACACAGGGCUCUGCCAAGGAGGCUGCUGGCCCCGUCUUGUGCCUGUGGUCCAAAGGAAUUCUCAACGCUUUCUAA